GCAUUAACAGCGAAACGUGCCUUUUUCAGAAAACGUUGUGUUCGGGUCAAGUGUGUCUUGGUAGCGUUAUGCAGUUGCCAACGCAUGGACCGGAACCUCGUACCAGAGAAGAAAUCCUCGUGCAUGCAAAAGACUUCCUGGAACAGUACUUUACUUCCAUCAGAAGAUUGAACAGCGAUGCUCACCAUUCUCGUUGGGAUUGCGUGAAAAAGGAGGUUCUAGUCACCGGCACUUACCAAUUAACCGAAACCGAAUUAAUUUUUGGAGCAAAACUGGCAUGGCGCAAUGCUGCAAGAUGCAUCGGCCGCAUCCAAUGGUCGAAGUUACAAGUGUUUGAUUGCCGUUAUGUGACUACGACCAGCGGUAUGUUCGAAGCUCUGUGCAAUCACAUCAAAUACAGUACGAACAAAGGAAACAUCAGGUCCGCGAUAACAAUAUUCCCGCAACGCACAGAUGGAAAACACGAUUACAGGGUUUGGAAUCAGCAAUUGAUUGGUUACGCCGGUUAUAAGAAUCCGGAUGGUACCAUAACUGGUGACCCAGUGAAUGUGGAUUUCACAGAGCUCUGCAUAAAAUUGGGCUGGAAGGGUGCCCGCACCCGUUUCGACGUAUUACCAUUGGUAUUAUCUGCGAAUGGUCAUGACCCCGAUUACUUUGAUAUUCCGAGUGAACUGGUCCUUGAAGUUCCCCUCAGCCACCCUACAUAUGAUUGGUUUGAGAAGCUGCAAUUAAAAUGGUUCGCUGUGCCUGCAGUAUCAGGGAUGGUCUUCGACUGCGGAGGUUUGGAGUUCACAGCCGCACCGUUCAACGGCUGGUAUAUGAGCACCGAAAUCGGAGCUAGAGAUCUGUGCGACGUGCAACGAUAUAAUUUAUUAGAGACCAUCGCAACGCACAUGGAGCUCGAUACAAGGACCUCCACAUCGUUGUGGAAAGACAAAGCUAUGAUAGAGGCUAACGUUGCUGUGCUGCACAGUUUCCAAAUGAAAAAUGUGACAAUUGUAGAUCAUCACAUGGCAUCGGAGUCUUUUAUGAAACAUUAUGAGAACGAGAUGCGAUUGAGAAACGGAUGUCCGGCCGAUUGGUUGUGGAUCGUUCCACCGAUAUCAGGAUCAGCGACACCGGUGUUCCAUCAGGAAAUGGCGCUGUAUCAUUUGAAACCGUCUUACGAUGCCCAGGAUCCUGCUUGGAAAACACAUAUCUGGAAGAAGGGUCGAGAUAAAAGAUCAACGGCAAAGAAACCAAGACGAAAGUUCCAUUUUAAACAAAUUGCCAGAGCUGUGAAAUUCACGUCGAAGUUAUUUGGAAGAGCUUUAUCCCGAAGAAUAAAAGCAACAGUGCUAUUUGCUACAGAAACUGGAACAUCGCAGAUGUACGCUGAAAAACUCGCUGAACUACUGGGACACGCGUUCCAUUCCCAGGUACUGUCCAUGUCAGAUUACGACAUUAGCAAUAUCGAACACGAAGCUUUAUUGUUGGUGAUAACGUCCACUUUUGGGAACGGCGAUCCUCCAGAAAAUGGCGAGGCUUUCGCUCAAAAUUUGUAUGCAAUGAAAAUGAACGAAGCAUACAUUAAUAGCGGCAAUAAAAUAAGUUUAGCUACGUCAAAGUCUUUCAUUAAGGCGAACAGCCAAACAGAAGUAAGUAAUAGUAAAAGAUUGGAUAGACUGGAUUCUAUGCGCGGAUCAACUACAGAUUCUCAAACGGAAGAUACUUUUGGGCCCUUAAGCAAUGUCAGAUUUGCCGUUUUUGCGUUGGGAUCAUCGGCAUAUCCGAAUUUCUGUGCAUUUGGACGAUAUGUGGAUAACUUACUCGGUGAAUUAGGAGGAGAACGUUUAUUGCGAUUAGCCCAAGGAGACGAAAUGUGCGGACAGGAGCAGGCUUUUCGGAAUUGGGCAGCUGAUACAUUCGCUGUUGCUUGUGAAACAUUUUGUUUGGAUGAUGAUGACACUUUAAGAGAAGUCGCUUUAUCUAUGGGAUCAGAAGCAUUAACGGCUGCAACUGUUCGUUUUGUAGAAGCUGAUCCUCAACCGAUUACGAAAGCAUUAAGCAAGUGUCAUAACAGAAAUGUCACCACUUGUAAUAUGUACGCGAAAACCAAUUUAUGUCGCGACACAACAAGCGGAACAACGUUGCUUUUGGAAUUAGAUGACAUUGCAAGCAUGGAAAUAUUAUAUAAACCUGGCGACCAUUUGGGGGUGUUUGCGAGUAACAGAUCAGAGCUUGUGGAAGGAAUUUUGAAACGAGUACAGACCCCGUUUGACCCAGAUGUACCAAUUGAAUUGCAAAUGCAAAAACAAUCUCACACGCCUAAUGGUAUUGAAAAACGAUGGGUACCACACGAUAGGUAUUUACCGAAUAGUCUGAGAAUGCUACUAACAAGAUUUUUGGAUAUUACAACACCGCCAACACCGAAUCUUCUCAGAUACUUCGCAUCAAUAGCUACCAACGUAAAGGAACAAGCACAACUAAAUCUCCUGUCUUCCGACUCAGCAGCGUAUGAAGACUGGAGGCAUUGGAAAUUUCCCAAUUUAGUAGAAGUGCUAGAUGAAUUUCCAUCUGUGAAACCUUUUGCACCAUUAUUACUCCUUCACUUAACACCUUUGCAACCAAGGUUUUACAGUAUUUCCUCUUCUCCUGAUGUGCAUCAAGGACAAAUACACCUCACUGUCGCCGUUGUACAAUAUAAAACGCAAGGUGGGUUUGGUCCAGUCCAUUAUGGAGUCUGUUCUAAUUAUUUACGGGAGGUAUCGGAUGGAGAACCACUGUAUGUGUUUGUUCGCAGUGCGCCUAAUUUUUAUAUGCCAUCUGAACCGAAAGCUCCUAUGAUACUAGUCGGACCAGGAACUGGAAUCGCACCUUUCCGCGGUUUCUGGAGUCAUAGACUCGCAGAAAUGAAACGACGUCCAGAUCUUGAGUAUGGGAAAGUCUGGUUAUUCUUUGGUUGUCGACGGAAAAGCUUAGAUUUAUAUAGGGACGAAAAGAAAGAAAUGAUAAAGACUGGAGUUUUAGAUAAGGUCUUCUUAGCUCUUUCUCGAGAACCUGGAUUAAAAAAGACAUAUGUGCAAGAUUUGAUUCAGACGGAAGCACCACAAAUUCAUGAUAUGUUGAUGAACAAACGCGGUCACUUCUAUGUAUGCGGUGACUGCACAAUGGCGGAAGAUGUUUAUCAAACAUUGAAGCAAAUUAUACAAACGCACAGUGAAAUGACAGAUAAACAAGUCGAAGCAUACAUGCUGUCUCUACGUGACGAAAAUCGUUAUCAUGAAGACAUAUUUGGCAUAACUUCCCGAACGGCAGAAGUACACAAUCGAUCCAGGGAAACGGCUAGAAGCAGAAUGGCUGCAGAGCCGUAAAUCUCAUUGAAACAUAUAUAAUCUUUGAAAAUGUUAAACAAUUUGUAGAUAGUUUUCAAUUGUGCAUAUCAUGAGUUCUACAUGUUCCAUGGGCAAACAUUGCAUUUUGAGGAUAUUAAAAUAUUACUACUUGUUGUUUAACGUACUUUACGAUUGCAUGGUUUCCUAUAAUUUUAUUGUCUACUACUAUAUGCACGAGUUUUUAGUAUUAAUAUAAUGUAUCCAUAUAUUUUUGAUGAUACUAAAAAUUUGAUUCGUACAACUAGCACAUUUAUGUUCUUAGUGUAAGGAAACAAAUGAAUACAUAUCUAAAACAAUUUUGCUCAUUGAAAAAUUGUUAAUUAUUUCAGCAAGCUCAUAUUAACACAAGUUGUCAUGAAAAUAUACAAAUAUGUAGUA